AUGACUGAAAUCGAUGUCUCAGGAAUACCCAUCAGAAAGAUCGAAACGUUCCCAGAUGGUGAAUUAAUAGAUCACUCGCUGGAUAAUCAACUGCCAUCUGUGAAAGCCAAGUUGGGUGAUGUGGAUCUUACGCAGUUCUUUUCUCAAGAGGUUGCUAAUUUGAAUGAGAUUGAUUCAUUAACUGCUGUGACGAUAUUGAACUAUUUGAUAAAGAUCUUAAUCAUACGGUGUUCUAAAGAGGUAAAUGAUGAUUCAAAUACUAGUCUUGUGUCUAAUGAACUCCCCAGUCCUCCAUUAGGUCCAGAAGAUGAUACAGAUUGCUUAUUAUCACCAAGAAAAUCAUCAAAUCAUAAUAGUGGUGAUAAUAAUGGUAAUGAUAACAAUAAUAAUGAUAAUACAUAUCUGGAAAAUACACCAGUUGAAGUUAAUGAACCUCAAAAAUCUCCUAAUACAAAUAAAUUAAUACAAAAUAAGAUAUUAGCUAAAAGAUUUACAUUAAAAUCAAAUCCACCAAUUUCUAUUACACAAUAUCUUGAAAGAAUAAAUCAUUAUUGUGGUCUCUCUACAGCGGUAUAUCUAACAUCAUGUUUAUAUCUUUAUAAAAUUGUUAUCAUUGCAGAAGCUUUAAAAUUAAAUGAUAGAAAUGUUCAUAGAGUUUUAAUUGCAGCUUUAAGAAUAAGUUGUAAAACUAUUGAAGAUAUAAAUCAUAGACAAACUUUUAUUGCUAAAAUUGGUGGUGUUAAUAAUAAAGAUUUAUUAAAUUUAGAAAUUGGUUUAUUAUAUUUAUUAAAUUUUAAAUGUCAAGUUAAUGAAGAAAGUUUAAAUGGAUUUUUAAUUGAAAUUAAAAAAUUACAUAUUAGUCAUAGUGAAAUGGUAUUAUAG